AUGUUUUAUAGACUAUUUAAAUUCACCGUCGUUGUCUUUGCAAUCGCAUUCUUGUCAGAGCUUGCUCACGCUGCUCCUCCUCCACCUUUAAUUGAGGAAAUUGGUGGUCCAUUCUUUUGUCAAAAUGGAACAAGUUUAACUUGCUGUCCUCUCCUAGCACACAAAAUUGCCUCUGACCACCGUUCACUCUGCGCAUCAGUUAGGCUCAAUAAUAAGAGUGGCUACAACAUGAGUUUGAUAGUUGCCAGUCUUGAAGAUGGUCGCUGGGUUACAUCAGACGAUUCUGGCGACGUCGGUAUAGACUGCAGCCCACGGACCGACGUUCUCGCAAAUGGUGAAUCCGAAGUCUUUUCGAGCGUUACAAAUCGUUUUCUUGGUGGAGUACGGGGCUAUGCCACGUUUAUGAUGAAUGAUAAUGCUUCCACCUCUUUUACCAUAUACUGGGACACUCCAUUAAUUGGUUUUCAUGGACAUUAUGUUAUCGGAUUGCCUACGAAAAAUUAUCGCGUUGCACUCCAACAUGGUUUUGACGAUACGGUCUUUCAAAUUACAGUUACGCCAGUUCGAGUUUACUCAAUUGAUUGGAGGAAGUUCUUUUUGGCAUUAUCUUUCAUUGGCGGAGUAAGCGUUAUCUUAUUUUGCUGCGGAUUAUGCAUUACCGCUUGUUCCGAACAAGAUAGUACUUUAAGCCGCCGUAUCAAUUCUGAACCACAACGAUAUCUCGCUACAUCAACACCAUCUUACCACAGCUAUUCAAAAUUUGAUUUUAAAGCACAAUCACCCUCUUCCGACUAUUCUACGACUUCUAAACCACAACCAUAUUCUUCCAACUAUUCUAAACAACAACAACCAUCUUCUUCCGACUAUUCCAAACCACAACCGACAUCCGACAAGAAGGCUCAAUUAUCUGCUCUCCUGAGCCAAAAACAAGCAGUCAAAAAUCUGCAAAGUGAACUAAAAAAAGAUCCGGACUGUUUGAAAUCACAACCAUCUCAUUUUGACUAUUCUAAACAACAAUCGUCAUCUUCUAACUAUG